AUGCCCGACGUUCGACAAGAAGAAGAAGAAGAAGAAGAAGAAGAAAAAAAAAAAGUGUCGAAGCAACACCGAGCUCGUGGUUAAACGCGAUUAAUAAUCUGUUGUUUACCUUUGAUAAACAGGGCGACAAAAUGAGAGGCAAUUGGGAAGGAGCUUCAACGUCGGAUCAGCAAGAGCAACAAGACAUUGUCGAAAAACAAGAACCCCACCAUUUGCCAACCACGCCCGCUUGGGAUAGCGUCGAUAAAAUCGUGAAAGAGGAACCUAUCGAAGACAAAAACAACGAUUCAGGAAUAUCACCUGAUCAUUACACGAAUAAUUCCGCCUCGCCGAGGAGCAGAACAACGUCGUCGUCCACUGCUAAUUGCAGCUUGUCAUCGGAAAGCGCGACCUCUCACGAUUGGAACGGCAUGCAGAACAACACGUUCGAGUGUAACUCGCAGAAUGGCGAUCUAAUAACGUUCGCCGAGCACUUGACCACCCAUUACGCGGCGAAAUUCGAGGUGUCGGAUUUUGUGAAAUCGGUGUUCAAUCAGCUGUCGGUUCAAGACGAGAACAGAACGUCGCCGAAUCAAGGUGAACGCUCGGAACAGGAAUCGGAAGAGACGGACGAGCAAGGGCUGCGAGUUCCACGAUUGAAUUCUCAGGGGAAAGUGAAAACCUUCAGGUGCAAACAGUGCAACUUUGUAGCAAUCACGAAACUCGAAUUCUGGGACCACAGCCGCAGUCAUAUCAAAGCGGAGAAGCUUCUGACCUGCCCGAAAUGCCCUUUCGUCACCGAGUACAAACACCAUCUCGAAUAUCAUUUGCGCAAUCAUUUCGGCUCGAAACCGUUUAAAUGUGAUAAGUGUUCGUAUUCAUGUGUGAAUAAAUCUAUGCUUAACAGUCACUUGAAGUCGCAUUCUAACAUUUAUCAGUAUAGAUGCGCCAACUGUUCCUAUGCUACGAAGUAUUGCCACUCCUUGAAACUUCAUUUGCGAAAGUACUCACACGAUCCGGCCAUGGUGUUGAAUGCGGACGGUUCUCCAAACCCGCUGCCGAUUAUCGACGUUUACGGGACGCGUCGCGGCCCUAAGCCGAAAUCUCAGGCCAAGUCUCAAGAAGACGCCACUCAGUCGAAUCAGUCGACGACAGAAGACAACAGCACGCAGGCCCCGGUGACUUCUUCUCAGCUCAGUCCGUCCGAGGUCACCAGUCCGUCGCCCGUAAACCACCAUUUGCCAAGUUACCCGGUGAAUGGCAUUGACGUAGUGAGUAGUGGUAUCGCUCCUAUAAACGGUUUAAGCGGACUCAUGCAAAACCAAUCGAUGAUGGCAUUCUCCUACAGUCAAUUACUUCCGAAAUUAACGUUCAAACCGUUCAUAACCACCGAGGACAACAACAUUGACAAACAAUUGGAUCACAUAAGGUCCAACGUCCUUAUGGAGUAUUUCAGAACAAUGGACGAGGAAAGCAUGCCGGAGGAUGCACCGCAAAAUCUGGUGGUCCGAUGUCCCAAUGGGGACAACGUUCCGUCCAAUAGCAGUAUUACCGAAGAGAUAUCUGACAAUACGGUACAGAAAGAGGUGGAACCAUUUCUCGGGGCAACCAGCUGCUUGCCGGACGUGGCCGAAAGCAUGGACUUUAAAUACGAGCCGCUGGACUUGAGCAAAUCCAAUAACGCGAACGUCGAGAAAUCACCCGCGAAACAAAAGACCGGCACCAGCAGACGGAAGGGAAAGGCUGUGAAACUGGAUCAACGGGUGCUCGAGGAAGACACAACGGACGACGAACAGCAAGAGGAGCUGCAACAGUCAUUCGGAGAACAGCAACAAUCAUUCCAGACUUUAACUGCUAACAAGGAAUGUAAUUUCGGGAUGAACCACGAGUUUACUUGUCAGUACUGCGACAUUAUAUUUGGCAAUGUGGUGAUGUAUACUGUUCAUAUGGGCUACCAUGGUUACAAGGACCCAUUCACUUGUAACAUGUGCGGCCAUCAGUCUAUCGACAAGGUGUCCUUUUUCCUUCACAUUGCCAGAUCGAAGCACUCGUAG